AGGAGUAAUGACGACUUGUCUCCUGAAACUCUGCAGACUUCUCUGCUGUGCACUGACUCUACCAUUGGCCCUGAUGAAGCUCACAGGCCUGUGCGGUGUUUACAAACGCCUCUUUCCCUUCCUCGCCUACAACAUCACGUUUUCAUACAACGCCAGAACGCACGAGCUCAAGAGGGAGCUCUUCAGAAACGUGGCCAGCUUCGCGAGCAGCGACGGGACCCUGCGCCUGCUGGAGAUCGGCUGCGGCAGCGGGGCGAACUUCAGGUUCUACCCCGGCGGCUGCACGGUGACCUGCACCGACCCCAACCCGCACUUCAGCAGCUUCCUGCGCAGGAGCAUGGCCGACAACACGCAUCUGACCUACGAGGAGUUCAUGGUGGUGUCGGGGGAGAACAUGGAGGAGGUGCAGGGCGAGUCUGUUGAUGUUGUGGUGUGCACGCUGGUCCUCUGCUCCGUCAGGGACGUGCGGGAGGUGCUGCAGGAGGUGCGACGCAUCCUCAGACCUGGCGGAGCCUUCUUCUUUUUGGAACAUGUUGUCUCAGAUCCGUCUUCAUGGACAUACUUCUUUCAGCAUGUGCUUGAACCUGUGUGGUACUACCUCGGGGAUGGGUGCAUGAUCACCAGAGCCACAUGGAAAGAUCUAGAAGCCGCUGGUUUCUCUGAACUUCACUUAAAACAAGUGGAGGCUCCAGGGGUGACAUCAUUGAUAAGACCACAUAUCAUGGGAUUUUCCAUUAAGUGACUCCAGGGGAGAAUGGACACCUCCAUUUGCAAUUGUUUAAGGCGUCUAUUCUGUAGUAUUUUUACUCAAAGCGCAGUAAUACACAGUAGAAGAAUAUUUAGAGCCUGACUUUUGUCAUCAUAAAACCCUCAUGACAAAGAAGUGUAAUUGAGGGCUGACAUUUUACACUUCAAUCAUAAACCUUGUUAUUAAUAACUACAAAAAACAUAUAGAUAUAACUGGAAUUUAGAAAGUUAACACAUGUUGAUGUGUAUCAGCAAACAUAAACGAUGAUAGAUAAUAAUAAAAUGGUCGGACUUCCUUCCAAACCAUAAUUUAUAUUAUGACAUAUACGGUUUUUAACUACCUCAUAAGAGUCCAAA